ACACGAUAACUGGGUCCCACAUUCUCUUAUGCGGUUAUGAGUGACCUGUCACUAAAGAAUAUCACAGGCUGUUAUUAUAUAACAAACAAUAUUCGCUAUUUAUUUCGUCUACAAAAUUAAGUCGUAUUUUCUGUUAUCUUCUUCACCGCUUCUCCUCCAAAUCUUCGCCGAUCGAAUCUCCGAUUAACCAUGAGCAAAGGCCCAGGACUAUUCUCAGAUAUCGGCAAGAAAGCCAAAGAUCUGUUGACGAGAGACUACACCUCCGAUCACAAAUUCAGUAUCUCCACUUACAGUGCCUCCGGCGUGGCACUUACGUCUACUGCUCUCAAGAAAGGAGGCGUGCAUGCUGCUGAUGUUACCACUCAAUACAAGUACAAGAAUGCUGUCUUCGAUGUCAAAAUCCACACUGAUUCUACUAUUUUGACAACAGUCACAUUCACCGAGAUUCUCCCAUCAACCAAAGCCAUCGUCUCCUUCAAAGUCCCUGACAACAGUUCUGGCAAGCUCGAGGUCCAAUACUUCCACGACCACGCAGCAGUUACCGCUACUGCAGCUUUGAAGCAGAACCCAUUGAUCGACAUAACAGCCACUCUAGGUACACCUGUCAUCUCAUUUGGUGCUGAAGCUGGAUACGACACUUCCUCCAAAACUUUCACCAAGUAUAACGCUGGAAUCAGCGUCACCAAACCAGAUGCAUGCGCUUCCAUUAUAUUGGGAGACAAAGGAGACUCGAUCAAAGCAUCUUACCUUCACCACCUCGACGAAUCCAAGAGAAGUGCAGCAGUUGGUGAGGUUUACAGGAAGUUCUCGACCAAUGAAAACACGAUAACUGUUGGUGGGUUAUAUGCGAUUGAUCACUCGACUUCGGUGAAAGCUAAGCUCAACAACCAUGGCACGCUCGGUGCUCUACUUCAGCACGAGGUCUUGCCCAAGUCACUAGUGACUGUUUCCAGUGAGAUAGACACUAAGGCGUUAGACAAGCAUCCAAGGUUUGGUCUUUCACUCGCUCUCAAACCUUGAGAGAACACACACAGAAACAUGAGAUGAGUCUCCGAACCAUUUUUCUAUUCUCUCAUUUGUGAACCUCUGGUUUUGCUUUUACAUGAAUAAGUAGUUCCGCAGUGAAAUGGACGGUUAAUUCUUUUACUAAUAUGGUUCUUCUUUUGACA